UGAUGUACUUCGUCCUUUUGUCAUAGGACUUCAUCCACUUAAAGGAAAAUUAAAGACUGCAUCAAUGGAGCACAUUCAGGGAGCUUGGAAGACCAUCAGUAAUGGUUUUGGACUCAAGGAUUCUGUCUUUGAUGGCCCAAACUGUAUCUCACCUACCAUUGUCCAGCAGUUUGGUUAUCAACGUCGAGCAUCUGAUGAUGGCAAAAUAUCAGAUACUUCCAAAACUAGUAAUACUAUUCGUGUUUUCUUGCCCAACAAGCAGCGCACGGUGGUAAAUGUGCGAAAUGGAAUGACCUUACAUGAUUGUCUUAUGAAGGCACUUAAAGUGAGAGGUCUGCAGCCAGAAUGCUGUGCAGUUUUUCGACUUCUUACUGAACCAAAAGGAAAAAAAGUGCGUUUGGAUUGGAAUACAGAUGCUGCCUCCUUGAUUGGAGAGGAACUACAAGUGGACUUCCUUGAUCACGUUCCUCUCACUACACACAAUUUU